AUGUGUAUAUCUAUCUAUCUAUCUAAUCUCAUCUGUUCAUAUCUCUGUCUAUCUAUCUCAGUCUGUUCAUAUCUCUGUCUAUCUAUCUCAGUCUGUUCAUAUCUCUGUCUAUCUAUCUCAGUCUGUUCAUAUCUCUGUCUAUCUAUCUCAGUCUGUUUAUAUCUAUCUAUCUAUCUCAGUCUGUUUAUAUCUAUCUAUCUAUCUCAGUCUGUUUAUAUCUAUCUAUCUCAGUCUGUUUAUAUCUAUCUAUCUCAGUCUGUUUAUAUCUAUCUAUCUAUCUCACUUUAUUCAUGUCUAUCUAUCUAUUUAUCUCAGUUUAUUCAUACCGUAGCUCAGUUUAUUCAUAUCUAUCUAUCUAUCUAUCAAUCUAUCCUUCUUGGUCUAUUUAUCUAUCUUAUUCUUUUAUUAUCUAACUAUCUAUCCAUCACCUCUCCUUAUCUAUCUAUUAAUUUCAGUCUCUUAUCUAUCUAUCUAUCUAUCUAUCUAUUCUGUUCAUAUCUAUCUAUCUAUUUCAGUCUCACCUUAUCUAUCUAUCUAUUCUGUUCAUAUCUAUCUGUCUAUCUUUUUCAGUCUCACCUUAUCUAUCUAUCUGUCUAUCUAUUUCAUUCUCACCUUUAUCUAUCUAUCUAUUCUGUUCAUAUCUAUCUAUCUAUUUCAGUCUCACCUUAUAUAUUUCAGUCUCUCCUUAGUCUCUCUUUAUCUAUCUAUUUUAGUCUCUACAUAUAUAUCUAUCUAACGGUUUCUUUUUCUAAUCUACAUCGUGUCUUUUAA